AUGUCCGACAAUGCCAACAACGAAGACGCGCCGCUGCUAGCCGAGGCCCCGGCAGACGCCGCACCACAGCCGUUGGAGGAGGCCGUGCACGAGGAUGGUGGCGGCGACGCAGCUGCCGGGGAGGCCGCCACUGCGCCAGCGCAGCUGGAGGGCGAGGAGGACUCGCCGUCAGGAUACCAGCAGGGUGCUGAGAGCACGGAGGGAGAUGACAGCACACAGGUGGGCCCGCUGCGUAACGCAGGCUCAGGUCCAUACAGCCGCGCCGAAAGCGUCGCCACGAGGGAAGGCCUAGAAGAAAAUGUCAGCAUCACCGAGCGUCCGAUGCAAAUGUCGACAACACUGCCGCCACCAAAAACAUCACUACCACCAUCGCCAACGAAUGCAACGAUGACACCGAUAAAGGAAAGAGGUUCAGAACCGAAGAAAGGGGCGCCACCCUCGUUGAUGACAAGGCGAAAAUCAUCUUCGGCCCUUAACAUUGAUCCGCCGAAGCUGGCGCCGCAAAGCCGUUUACCUGUCGCCCAGCGUCCGCGCUCCACCACGCAGCGGCGUGCCAUCCCAACCGGUACACUCACGCCGCUUUAUAACGCCAACAACAUGACAACGAAAGAGGAAAGCAUGGCGUUUCGCCUGCGCAACGGUGUCUCACCCAACUACAUGGGGCCUGUCCACGUGGUGGAAAACAUAAAUGUAGCAUGUGCACAGUGUGGCGCCCCUGUUGAUCCCAUUGCACGUGUUCCAGCAGGAAAACUCUUUUUUCACCCCCAGUGCAUCCGUUGCAAGUUAUGUGGCCGCAACGACAUCGUUGACGCUUACUUUCAGGUCAUGAGUGACAGUGCAAUAUGCUCCGAGUGCGCUGUGAAGGGUCUUGCGCGAUGUGUGCCGCGAGAGGCAGCAGCGGCGCGUGGAAUUGUUGUGGGAGCCCUUAGCGGCAGCAUCGACAACGCCAUCAAGCAGCAUGACCGCAGACACAAGCUGCAGCCGAUCAAUCAAUCCACGGUGGAAGGGGCUAUUCCGCCCUCUCUCGCGUUGAGCCCCAUACAUAACCGCACCAACAGCACAUCUCGUUCAAUGGAGCUCAUUCAGCGGCAGCAGUACUACACGCAGAAUGACAAUAACGUCAUGGGCAUGCCUCCGCCUGUUUCACCGUCGUCGAGGGGCAGCUCGCGACCAGGCACCAGUAGUCAGCGCCGAAGGAAAAAGGGAAAACAGAUAAGUUGA